GUGGAGGGACCUACCAAUCAGGAGGCUGCAGGAGUGGCUUCAGUUUCCUCUCUUUGGGGCCUACACUCCCUUUUCAAUGUUCAGGAGCACUUCCCCUCCUUUUCUGCAGCCAAAAAGUUUGCUUCCAAAUUAUUCCUGCAACCAGAAGAAGACAAUCAGAAUUACAACACCAAGCACAAGGAUUGCCAAAAUUCCAAUAAUCUAUCUCUCCAACCAAAUUUUUUUCCUAAGGGAUCCAAGGAUGACUCCAUUAUGAAUCAGAUUCAGUUAAUUGAUAUAGAGGAUUUGGGAUCAGAUAGAGAAUGUGAGGAUGAAGACCUCCCUGAAGCAGGAUAUCACUCAGAAGGAGAAAGGGAUCCAGUUCUUUGGGUCAACCAUGCACUCAAACCUUUUGAGAUUCCUAUUCCAAAGGAAAAUUCCCCAGUUCUUGCUAUCCCUAAAGCUACAUUCAAGGAUAAAAACUCUUAUGCAAGGACAAUUAUGACUAGGAGUCAAGCAAGAAUGAACUGUAUUGAUGCUUGUGGGCUACACUCACCACCCUUUUCUGGAGGGAUUUUCACUUGGACUGGAGUUAGAAGUAAGGGUAAGCUUUGGAGGAGACUUGACAGGGUCCUCAUCAAUUCCAAUGCUAAUUCUUUUUUCAGAGAUAUCAGUAACACCCACCUCAGUAAGACAUCUUCUGAUCACAAACCAAUUCUUCUCACUUGUAAGGAAGAGGGAUUUCAAGGACCUAAACCUUUCAGGUUUCUUAAUGUCUGGGCUACACAUCACAAUUUUUUAACUAUAGUUAAUGAUUACUGGAUUAAUAGCCCUAGGACUAGAGGUAUGGCAGGUCUAGCUAUGAAGCUAAAGGGUCUCAAAUCAAUUCUCUCAACCUGGAACAAACUGCACUUUGGCAAUAUAUUCCAAGAGGUGAAAGAUAAUGAAAUUACAGCCUGUAAAGCUCAAGAAGAAUAUGAGAUGGAUCCUAAUGAGGAGAAGAGGACUGCUGCUAAUCUAGCUUCUGCUAAUCUCACAGUUAGUCUCAACAGAGAGGCUUGCUUCUGGAAACAAAAGGCUAACAUCAAGUGGAUGUCUGAGGGGGAUUGCAACUCUAAGUUUUUUCAUUCUUUUGUUAAACACAAAAGGAGUAAACUUACUAUUAGAUCUAUUCAAGAUGCUAAUGGCAACCAUCACUCAACCCAGGAGGAUAUUAGCAGGGAGGCAGUCAACUACUUCUCUAAGUGCUACUCUUCAGUUAAUCACCCAGAUACUGAUCUUAUCUCUAAUUUUAUUCCUAAAGUGAUUGAUGACCUGGACAAUCAGCUCUUAUGCUCUAUGCCUACAGAAUCAGAGAUCUUCUUUGCAGUUUGGGCUCUUAAUCCAGACAGUGCAGCUGGCCCUGAUGGCUUCAAUGGUUACUUCUUCAGAACUUGUUGGCACAUUAUCAAGAAGGAUGUUAUUCUAGCCUGCCAGGAGUUCUUUUUGGGAAUCCCAGUUCCUAAGUCCUUUGGGAGCACUUUCAUUACUCUGAUUCCUAAAGUUGAUGACCCUAAAAGUUUUGGUGAUUUCAGACCCAUAUCCCUCUCCACUUUCAUGAGUAAAAUUAACACCAAAAUUAUGGCCUCUAGACUAGCUACCCUGCUUCCUAAAAUCAUCUCAAAAGAACAGACUGGUUUUCAAAAGAACAAGGGUGUGCAAGAACAAAUUCUUUUGGCAGAGGAAAUGGUCCAUAUGAUUGACAAGGAGAUUUUUGAGUCUGUGUACAAGUUGACUUUUGAGUCAAGGUACAAACUUCUUCUGGUUCCUUCAUAUGCCGCUUCCAUCUCCGUUUCUUCUGCUGGCUGGUCUGCGCGUAGGGGGAAGGUCCAAGCAGUGAGGAAAUCUCCUUUGUUAGAUCGGAUAAUGCAAGCUCCAUUUGCUCUUCCAUUCCUCAUUGCUGCGUCGGUGGUUAGAAUGAUUCCAGUGUCUGGCAGUUCCCAGCGGAGGACCUUGAUUGCUCCCAUCCUAAUUGUGGGGCUGUUCAUGUGCUGGUUCCUCAGAUUCAGUGUUUUUCUUUUCUGGUUCCUGGUCAAGCAAAGGGGAGUGCUCAGAAUCAGAAAUGUAAAUGGGGGUAAGGGCAAGGUUUUCUGUUUCCAGAUGCAGGUCAUCCAGGGAGAGGAUUUGAGAGUCCAUGUGUUCCAUGGGUGGAAGCUUGGGAGGCUGAUUUUCUUCCCAGGAUAUGAGGCAUUUGGCAAAGAUGUCAUUGUGAUGAAGAACUUCCCAGUCCUCUUCACUAAGGAAAUUUUCAUGAGUCCAUUUGGAUAUGCGCAUUUGGAAGCUUCCUAUUUUCCAGUCCUGCCUCUUAAAGCAACGAUGGAAAUCGUUUUCAUUUGUGAAAUUCAGAAGGAUAUGCAUGUUGUCGAUGAGAGCCACCGAGAAGUCGUUGGAGCCAAUUUUUUCCAGGCAUUGACGAAUAAACUGCAUGCUAGGUCUACCAUAAUAAAAGGAAUGGAUCCAAGGCGUCCAAGUCCAAGCGUCCAGAUCUGGACGCUUGAGCUGCUCCGGCCAACCAGAUUUUGCCACGUGUCUUUCUUGAAUUGCAAUCUAGCCCAGGCGUCCAACUUCAAGCGUCCAAACUUGGCCAAGCGUCCAAGUUGGACGCCUGGAGGCCUUGGUCCGUUGGGCUUCGCGGCUGGUUCGUGAUUUUGGCCCAAUUUCGCUCCGUUUUGGCCCCGAACACUGUUUUUGACCUCCCGGAAGCUCGUUCAAGCCCGAAUCUUGAUCCUUUGAUGAUUUAUUCCCUUUUUCUCAAGUAUUUGAACAUAAAAUGGAUGAUUUAUGAUAAUUUCAUGUGGAAUCCCAUUUUAUGACUCUUAGAACGAAAAUGAGAGUUUUAUCCAUUAAAACCACAUUUUAUGAGGUGAUUAAAUAUUAUUUACGUGCAAUAACGUUUAGAAUAUGAU